CCAGCUUGAGUAACAGACGUGUGCGCGAUUUCAAAUUUUCAAAUUCAAAACAAAAUCAAAAAAAAAGUAACGAUCAUUUGUGUUUUUUUAUUUUAUUUUUGCUGCUGUUACUAGAUGUUUGUUGUUUUGUUACAAUUUUUACAUAAACAAAUCAAAAUUAAAUUUGUUUAAAAUUGUUUUCUUGUUGGCAACACAACAUACAAAGAUUGCAGUUGGUGUUGUUGUCGAAAAAUCAUUUAAACGUUGUUUUUGUAUAAUUUUUUUGUGGAAUUUACGAUCAGUAGUUAAAGUGUGUUUUUUUGUAUUUGUUUUGUUUGCUGUAACGAAACGUAAUGUUUAUUGUAAUAAAAUCAAACGUGCUCUAAAACAAAUCACCUUCUACAACAACAGUAACAACAACUAUAACAAUAACAAAAUAGUAAAAAUCAUGCAAUGUAACAAACAGUUCAAAAACAUUUCUGUCGUUUUAAGAAAAAAAUAUGCAAAAGUGAAUUAAAUUGAGUCAAAUUGUAUUCAAAACGUUUUGUUUUCAAAUUUAAACAUAAAAACGUUUUGUUGGAUUUUUGUUUUGUGUUGUUGUAUUUGUAAAUUAAUGGCAUAAAUAAAAUUUAAAUUUGUAAAAUUCAUUAAAAAAGUAAAACAUUGUAUUAAACACCCCAAAAUAAAUUUCAAAUACUUUAAUUUAAAAUCUUUUUCAAAAAGAAGUGAAAAAUCCUUUUUUUUUUCAAAAAUUCUCAAAAAAAAAUUCAAUUUGUGUGUAAAAGUGUGUUAAGCAACAAAUUUGGAAAUCUAGUUUUUUAUUUGUUACAAACGCCAUGUAUAUCACCUUUAGGAUAUUUUCAUUGUGGGCGUUGGUGUGUCUGGAAAUUUCAAGUGUUUUAGCCAGCGAUCAAUAUCACAUACAAACAGAUGAGGGACCCGAACGAUAUUUUCGUUUUCAAACAAACAAUGGUCAAUUUCGGAAAGAAAAACGUUUACAGGAUGGCACAGUCAUUGGUACCGAAGCCUGGAUAGAUGCUGCAGGUUAUUUAAGACUUAAGGAUUAUAUAGCCGAUAAGCAGGGUUAUCGAAUUUUAAAAUCAAAAGUAGUUUUUGUAGGUCAAGGCACAGAAAUUGAGGAUGCCAUUAAAUCAACCAAAGCAGUUCCUGCUCAAUCAGGUGUUUUAGUUGAUGGUAAACAUGGUUUACAAAACAGACCAAAUAGUAUCGCAAGUCAUAGUUCGAGUAUUUAUGCACAAGUUACGAGUACUUUAGCACCUCCCACUGCCCCACCCGUUACCACCACCACAGAACGUCCCAUUUUGGGUUACUUAUCUCCGGCCGAAGCGGCAAAACUGGAGCCUACGUCCUAUUUAGGUUUCGAUCAUUAUCCAAAUGAAUUGCCAGAGGCACCCAAACACCGUCGACCUGUAGUUUAUGUACGUCCUCCUAAACAGCAGUACAAUUAUCAAUAUACGACGACAACAGAAAGAACUGAAAUACCACUGCCCUCCAUAGAUAUGGAACCUCCUAGAGAAAGUACACGUCGUAGAAUAAGACCCAUAGUUGUGGCACCUUUAAAGCCGCAACCUAUUGCAGCAGAUGAACUAAAACAGGGUGUUUAUGGCUAUUCAACACCUAAACCAUUUGAAGCUGUUAUAAGAACUACAGCAACUCCUAAUGCUGGUUACAAUUAUGGACCCAGUGCAUAUGGUCAAUCUUCACAAAACCUGCCACUAGAUGUCAACGCUUUGGAAGGUGGUCUAUUACCCCCCUUGCCCCCUCUCUACCAAAGGCGUAGAGUGCCGGCACAAGCCAAUAAUGAUUACACUGCCCCAGAUUACAAUGAUGUUACUGUUACGCGCAAUGGCUUCCGCUACAUUUUACCCCAUCAAUAUCACGAAGAAGAACAAAUAACUGACACUAAAAAGGCUGGUAGUUUCGGUUAUGUGGAUCCCUUCGGUAUAAGACGUGUUGUUUAUUACAAUGCUUCACCCGAAAAAGGUUUCAUACACAGAAAUCGCAAUCGUUAUGUGGGUCUGGGAGCACAACCUUAUGAUGAACCUCAACCUACGAAUGUGUAGAAAAGGCUUAAGACACUAACAUCUCAUGUUAAUUAAGGUUCAUUAGCGUGCUUAAACUUCAUCUGAUACUUUGGAAAUCCUGGUAAGGCUGAUUGUGCUAUGUGUUUGUGAUUUAUAGAACACUUGGCUUUCCGGGAUUUUUUAUUUAAUUUAGUUUAUUCUAAUAACUCUACUCUCAUACUAAUCUCAGCUAACAAUUAAACAUUAACCACAAAUACUAGCCAAAGAUGAAGUCAAUUGAAGCAGUGUCCUUUACUAUUCCAACAUUAUUUAAAAGUCUUUGAGCCAACAACAACUACAAAAACAAACCAGCCAACCUCAACGAAAUGCUUUAAAUAUUUUAUUUUUUUUUUUAUUUUUUUUUAUUAUUUUUCUAACCGAAUUUUCUGUGUUAAUUAAUUAUGUUUCCCCUAAUUAUAUUGUGUAUUAUUUAAAAAAAAAUAUUAUUAUAAUUUUAAUUUGUAGGAAAUAAGUACGAUACAAUUCGAAACAAACCAAACAAAAUCCGUCCAGUCAGUCAGUCCGUCAGUCUUCAUUCAUUUAGUCAUUCGUUCAAAUUCAUUUCACUUAUUUAAAGUUUGUAUAUGUCUGAUUUGGAUGGAUGGUUUAGAUAAAGACGAAAUACAAAAGCACUUCCAUAAUUCAUAUUAUUUUUUUAAUUUUCCAAAUAGUUUUAUUUACACCACUCCUCCACUUUAAUCCAUUCCACUAUUCACUUUGCAAAGGCACAAACGUCUAGUUUAAAACUUCCUCUAUUCAAUUGCUUAGUUAAUUUAUUUUUUGUUUUUUAAUUUUUAUUUGUUGCUUUAUUAAUAACCUACUAAAAUAUUUAGAAGUAAUUUAAAUAACUAAACAAUUUGUGCAAUUUACAAAACAUGAUAACACACAUACGUACAUAUGUAUGUAGUGUGUUUUUAGGUAUAAACACAAUUGUAGCGACUAAGCGAUAGUUCUUAAAUGUUUAAAUUUAUUUAAAACAAGUUCAAAGCUUUUUGCAGAUCGUCAUUUAAAAUAUUAAUAAUAGACUAGACUAUAUACCAGACUAUAGAUUAGACUAUG